AUGUCGCGAAGUCACCGCCCUUCGACUACGCCUAUGGACUUUGAGUGGACGAAUCAAACAGGACCAAUCGACUCUCAAUCGCCGUUCCUCGCAGCCGGCCAGCAAAAGAAGCGUAAGUCUUCAGACCCAUCCUUUGCUUUCGGACAAGACACACAAGAGGAAACAGAACCGCUGACUUCAGGGCCCUCGUUUGGCCAGCCAGGUCCACACUCAGUACUAGACUCACCGUCAAAAAGCGGUUUCGCAACACCAAAUCGGCUGCGCGACCCUGACAACCGCAUGACAUACUUCAGCCGCGACCCCAGCAAGUCAUUACCCUCAACACCAGCGUCUUCGGUGCCGGCACAUAUACAACCAAGUCCCUGGUCUAUGCGAACGCCCUCACACGAUAUCGACUUCAGCUCCGGCGGAGAGACACCCGGCACGUCCCAAGUAGACAGCGACCCGGGCACACCAGACACACAAUUGGCGAACAAGAUGGGCCGAUUAGGCAAUGGCGACACAAAGGGCGGUCGGCGAGACAGCUGGUUCAAGCGAACCUUCAUGUCAAGUCCGAGCCCCACCAAGGAGCCCCGCGACAAGGACAUGCCGCAAAAGUACUACUCCAAGAAGGCUGAGAACCGCAUAGUCAAGCGCCGGUCAGAGCGAUCACGGUCUAAGAAACGCGCUGCUAUACAUGACGAGGACGGCGACGACUCAGACAACGAACGAGGACGCCCACCAGUCCCUCCGAAGGAGGCGGGGCCCGUCCAGCAGACUUUCGCUAUGACUGUGGGUGGCUUCCUCUCGUGGGUUGAAGCGCAUCCCAACCUUCCAUCCGUAUUAUCAUACUACCUCCAACUCACCGUCAACAUGUUCCUUGGUAGCCUCUUCAUCUACAUUGUUUACUCCGCCUGGGCCGGCGUGAUGACAGACGUUGACAUUGAAUCUUCAAAACACGCGUCAGAGAUAAUGGUCGAAAUCGCUGCUUGCGCUACAGAGUACAAUCGCAACCGCUGUCGACCGGAAGAGGUUGUACCGGCUAUGGAGAAGGCAUGCGGUGUCUGGGAGACGUGCAUGAACCGCGAUCCGAAGAAGGUUGCACGCGCGAGCGUGACGGCAAAGACGUUCGCCAUGAUUUUCAACUCUUUCGUCGAGGAGUUCAGCUACAAGUCCAUGGUAUGUUGCCUUCUUUGCUUUGUUUUCAAUGUGUGUGCAAGCACUCUCAAACUUGCACACCAACGAGAUAGGGACGAACGGAUGCGCAAGUAUGAUUGCAAGCACUAUGCUCAAUCCUAUGGUUAUGCACAGCGCGGCAGCGCCCAAUUUCAAAGCCCCCGAUACACCCAUCACUAUGGGGUCGAAGGAGUAGACUCCGACUUUAACCCCUACACCGAACAUGAAGGGCCAUUUGGCUGA